AUGAAUAUGAAUAUUGUUACUUUGGAGGCAAUUGUUGUACGAUAUAACUACAGCCCAGAGGAAAGAAAAGCUCUGGUUGAACUUGUCAGCUACAUUAAGAGCAUUGGAUCCAUGAUGCAGCGUUGUGACACAUUGGUGGCUGAUUCAUUAUGGGAAACAAUCCAUGCUGAAGUCCAGGAUUUUGUGCAAAAUACAUUAGCAACCAUGUUGCGGACAACCUUUCGGAAAAAGAAGGACCUAUCUAGGAUUCUUUCCGAUAUGCGUACACUUUCAGCAGAUUGGAUGGCAAAUACAGGCCGGCCAGAAUCUGAUUUUCAACCGUUGCAGCAUGGAGGAGAAGAAAACAAAGGAAACUUCUUUUAUCCAAGGCCAGUGGCGCCAACUGCUGCCCAGGUGCAUUGCUUGCAGUUCCUUAUUUAUGAGGUGGUAUCUGGUGGUAAUUUGAGGAAGCCUGGGGGACUCUUUGGAAAUAAUGGAUCUGAGAUUCCUGUAAAUGAUUUGAAACAACUCGAGACUUUCUUCUACAAGCUUAGUUUUUUCUUGCACAUAUUAGAUUAUACAGAAACUGUUGCAAAUCUGGUAGAUCUUGGUUUUUUAUGGUUCAGAGAAUUUUAUUUGGAAUCUUCUCGUGUUAUUCAGUUUCCUAUUGAGUGCUCUCUUCCCUGGAUGCUGGUUGAUCAUGUACUUGAAUCCCAAAAUGCAGGUCUUCUUGAGAGUGUUCUAAUUCCAUUUGACGUAUAUAAUGAUUCUGCUCAACAAGCAUUAGUUGUUCUCAAGCAACGGUUCCUCUAUGAUGAAAUUGAAGCUGAGGUGGAUCAUUGUUUUGAUACAUUUGUCCUAAAGUUGUGUGAGACUAUUUUUACAUACUACAAAAGUUGGGCAGCAAGCAAGCUGCUUGAUCCCUCAUUUCUUUUUUCCCUGGAUUAUGGAGAGAAGUUUUGUGUGCAGCCUAUGAGAUUCACUUCGCUACUAAAGAUGACCAGAGUGAAGUUGCUGGGAAGGACAAUUAAUUUAAGGGGUCUGAUUGCUGAGAGGAUGAACAAAGUGUUCAGGGAGAAUAUUGAAUUUUUAUUUGAUCGGUUUGAGUCUCAGGAUCUAUGUGCUAUUGUGGAAUUGGAAAAGCUUCUUAACAUCUUGCAACUUGCACAUGAAUUGCUAUCUAGAGAUCUUUCAAUUGAUGCAUUCAGUCUAAUGUUGAAUGAGAUGCAAGAAAACAUAUCUCUUGUUUCGUAUUCCAGUCGACUUGCUUCUCAGAUUUGGACAGAGAUGCAAAAUGAUUUUUUGCCAAACUUCACGCUAUGCAAUACAACCCAGCGAUUUGUUCGCUCUGCAAAAGUGCCUCCCAUGCCAGUUCAGAAGCCUUCAGUCCCCUUUGCUAAAGAAAAUUUCUAUUGUGGUGCCCAGGAUCUAAAUGCUGCACACCAAAGCUUUGCUCGGUUGCACAGUGGAUUUUUCGGACUACCUCACAUGUUUUCCACUGUCAGGCUUCUGGGAUCUAGGUCAUUGCCCUGGCUUAUCCGUGCCCUGCUAGAUCAUAUAUCAAAUAAGAUAACCAUCCUUGAACCAAUGAUUAUGGGGUUACAAGAUAUAUUACCAAAAUCUAUUGGCCUUCUUACUUUUGAUGGAGGAGUAAUAGGUUGUUUGAGACUUGUCAAAGAACAUCUCAAUUGGGGUUCAAAGUCAGAACUGAAAACAGAAGUUCUUCGUGGAAUAAAAGAGAUUGGAAGCAUAUUAUAUUGGAUGGGACUUCUUGAUAUUGUUUUGAGAGAAGUAGAUACCAUGCAUUUCAUGCAAACCGCUCCAUGGCUGGGCUUAAUUCCUGGUGCUGAUGGGCAAAUAGUGCAGUGUCAAGAAGGGGGAGAUGGCCCUUUAGUCACUCUCUUCAAAUCAGCAACAGCUGCAACUGUGUCAAAUCAUGGGUUCUUAAAUCCAACAUCAUUCUACAGCAUGACAAAACAGGCUGAAGCUGCUGAUCUAUUGUACAAGGCUAACAUGAAUACUGGAAGUGUGCUGGAAUAUGCCCUUGCUUUUACUAGUGCAGCAUUGGAUAGAUAUUGUAGUAAAUGGAGUGUCGCUCCAAAGACGGGAUUCAUUGACAUUACAACUUCAAAAGACUUUUACCGCAUAUUUAGUGGCCUUCAAAUUGAGUAUCUGGAGGAAUCAGUUCAUGUAUUGCCAAGCAAUCACGAAGUGCUGGGAGAUUCUGUAGCCUGGGGGGGAUGUACUAUAAUAUACCUGCUUGGGCAACAACUGCACUUUGAACUCUUUGACUUUUCCUAUCAAGUCCUCAAUGUGGCUGAAGUAGAAGCUGCAUCAAUUACACAGACUCACAAGAAUGCUUCUUUUAGCCAGGGGUGGGAAGCACUGCUAGAAGCAAUGAAGAAAGCAAGGAGGUUAAACAACCAUGUGUUUUCCAUGCUGAAAGCACGAUGCCCGUUAGAAGACAAACAGGCUUGCGCCAUUAAACAAAGUGGCGCCCCGCUGCAUCGGAUCAAGUUCGAGAACACCGUCUCUGCCUUUGAAACUUUGCCUCAGAAGGGUUCUUAAGUUAGUUACCAACAUUUAUUUUUUGCCCCAUUUUUGGGUUACAAUAUUGUGUUUAUUAUCUGUUUUUUACUUGGAUUUUUGUCGCUGUAAAAGAGGAGGGUUGCAUUGCUUCUUCAUGGUUUGUUGUAGCAUAGAGGUGGUUGAUAUUUUGAAUAUGUAUGUUUAGGUUGCAUUUUGGCUAAAGGGACCUCAAAUGAUGAUGUUUGAAACUUGCAAGUUGAAGUAUUUGCAUUUCCAAUUCUGCUAUUUUUUGAA